AUGGCAGACUACUACAACGAGAGGGAACAGGACAGCAGCACUCUCUGGAUCAAAGACACGAAGACAUGGAAUCGUCUGUGGUCUGUGGAGCAGAGUGUCAGCAACCUGAGCCACGUCAUCCAAUCACUGAACACCUCUCUGCAGCACGCUCAGGAAACAUCUAAGCAGGUUCACCAGCUGCAGGUUGCUAUGGACAACAACAAAAACGAGCUCAUGUCAGGCUCUGCAGAGAGCAUGUGUUGUCCUCCAGGUUGGGAUGAGUUUGGUUCCAGCUGCUACUUCUUCAGCCGUGACUCUCGGUCCUGGAACGAGUCCAGAGUCUGGUGUGAGAAACGCAACGCUCACCUGCUCAUACUGCAGGACGACAAGACCUGGGACUUUGUGACUCGUCGUGCGGUUCCCCUGGUGUACUGGGUGGGUCUGUCUGACUGGAGAACCGGCCGCUGGGAGUGGAUCAACCAGACACCGUACACCAUGGAGCGCAGGCGCUGGGAGCCCGGUCAGCCUGACAGCUGGACCGAUCACGGUCUCGGCCCCGGAGACGAAGACUGUGCUCAACUGUAUUACACUGGACGCCUCAACGACAUCCACUGCUCCACCGCCAUGCGCUACAUCUGCCAGAAACACGGCACGCACGCCUGAACAACAUCUGGAACCCAAACACCAACAAGCCAUUACAACCCUCGUCAGCAGCGACAGGAAACGCAUCAUCGAUCGGAAACUCAACAUCAGUGAUUCAAGAAAACAAAGUCAAAAUAUUUUAAUAAAAACAAAUCAGGAAAGGCAGU